CGGAAGUCAGUUAUCGCACGAAACCACGUUCAAUCCGAUGACAGUUUGUCGAAAAGAAGCCGAAAAUGCACGUGUCGUGCCGAUUGUCUGCGAUAUUAUUUUUUAUCUUGUGGAUAAUCUUAAUAGCGUCAAUAGAGCUGGCUCUCGGCGCACCCUCAGUGUGCAUUACGUCAGUCAGACAAAUGGAACAAUCAGAACCACCAAGUACUAUGAGUGUGAUAGCAUCAAAAGCCAUGGGGGCCAUGGUUAAAGCAGCUUCAUACCUAUGGCAAUGGUUGCCAAAAUGUGUUCAUCCACCACCAACAUCAUUUCGAAUGAUAAGACCAUCGUCCAAUCGAUAUGAAAGUAACGAUAUAUUUCAAAGCGACGAAGACUUUGAUUAAUGAGUUAAUUACAUAAAAGUGUUUGUAAUUCAUACUUAAUAAGAA